GGCAGGAGACGUAUGAACUGGGGUUCCGAUAAGUAAUUUGUAUAUUAUUUGAUAGAUUCGGUUACAUACGAGCAUAUACCACGGGUAAAUAAUGGCAUUGAAGUUACUGUACUAUGGACCUGAGUGAACCAUGUAUCGGUUGAUAAUAGCUGAGGCGGAUGCCAUUCCUGCCUAAUCAGGCAAUGUCCACGGGCUUAUCGACAAGAAAGUUAUCGCUCCAUCACUCUCUUUCUUCAUAUAUCUUCCAACCCUUCACAUACCUUUUUCAUACCUUUUUCAAACCGAAAAACCACCAAAAUGACCUCCCAAAACGACUUCCCCGAAAAAAUUACCCUAACAACAACAGAAACAACACAAGACCCCAAAUCCAUUCCCCUCCCACCCCACGACAACACCGUCCACCCUCCUAAACCCCUACGAAAGCCCAAGGAAGCCCCCCAACCAAACCCUUCGACCCCUCUUUACUUCGCCUACGGAUCGAACCUCUCCCCAACCCAAAUGCGCUCCCGCUGCGCCUUCCACCCCUCCCUCUCCGCGAAACCAGUCGCUUUCGCAAGACUCGAUUCCUGGAGGUGGUUUAUAUGUAACCGGGGGUAUGCGAACGUUCUUCCGCCAGAGGAGUUGAGGAUCGUGCAUGGGAGCGAUGUCCCGCGGUCUGGGGAGGAGGAUACGGUUUAUGGGGUUCUUUAUGAGAUGGCGCGGGACGAUGAAAGGUUGCUUGAUGGGUAUGAGGGGGUUGAUUGGGAGAGUGAGCCUGCUGGAGAGGAUGGGAAAGUCCCUGUAAGUGUGCGGCCGAGGGAGCAGGGGGAUGGGGAGUAUAAUAAGUGGUAUUUGGGGGCUAGGGUGACGGAGUGGUUGGAUGAGGAUCAGAAGAGGUUGAGGGCUGGGGAGGAGGAGCAGGUUGUGUUGGUCUAUGUUGAUGAGAAGAGUUUGAGGGUUGGGCCGUCGAAGAAGGAGUAUGUUUUUCGGAUGGACCGGGCGAUUCGCGAGGCGCAGGAGUUGGGGUUUCCAAAGAAGUGGGCGGAUGAGGUUAUGAGGAGGUUUUUUUAGAUGGUUAUGCUCGAUUCUCAGGACACCCUCGUUACUCUAUCUGGCGAAAGAAGUGCUCAUAACAGGCAAAGGCAUGUCAUUGCUUAAAAUCAACUCUAUAUAAAAUAUACCACAGGAUUAAAACGCGGCCAAGCACGUUGUAUCAAUGCAUAAAAUUAUUGCAAAAUGCAUGCAGUACUGCACAUCGACGCAGCCUCGUACCCUCAUUAGACUUGUCGUAGUCAGAAUCCAAACUUAUCGGCGGCGGUUGU